GAAACAUAACCUAUAAAAGUCGAACCUCACGAAAACGUGUCAGUCUCCAAAAUAUACCGAUGAAAUUAUUAGAAAAAGUGCAGAUCCUUUUCCGAAGAUAGUUGGCAAAGUGCUGACGAGAAGCCCUCUCGUGUUUUGUACCCAAUUCGGUUUAUAGCUUGGAAAAUCGAUAAAAUCAAGGAAAAAGCGCAAGCGUAAACUGGUAGUGACGCAAACCCGGAAAAUGCACGUUCACCACAGCUGCAUUAUUUGCAAAACAAUAAUCUAUUUUUUCCAAAGAGGAAAGUGAAGUGUCAGUUUUUGCUGAAUUGUCUUCCAACUAGAAGUGAUAAAUUUCGAUUUUUACUAAUUAUAAGGAGAAUUUGUUUUUAAAUGGCCCUUGACAAACGGACGAAAGUCUAUCUCGGAUUCGAGGAUGAAUAUGUUACGGACAAGAAUCGAAGCCUCGUCAAUUUCACGACUGAUAAAAUAGGAGGCAAACCUGAUUGGCACAGUGACAAGACAAUAUCAUGUCCACAAUGUAGACUCUGUGGCUUGCAUCAAAUCUUAGCACUGCAAAUUUACGCAGCUUUAGAAAAUUCAAAGUACCAUCGAACUCUUUACAUUUUCGCUUGUACGAAUCCUAAUUGCUGGAAUCAAAAUGAGAGCUGGACUUGCUUACGAGUCCAGUCUCUUGAAGAAACUACUACUCAUGCCGAGCCUAUGGAAUCCGAAAGUUUAACAACUCCAUCAACUACCAGUUGGUUGCCUGAUGAAGAUGAUUGGGGCGACACAUGGAAUGAUAAUGCUUCCGAACAAAAUGGAAAUAAUCUGCUUCGAAACGAUCCAAACCAGUUCAGUCUUUCGACGCAGAACUCGAGUUUUGAGGAAGAUUUGAAUGUUGAUUUUUCGGAUCUAAGGGUUGACGAUCCAAAUGCUAACAGUCCAGCAAGUGUGGAAUCUCCAGUCGGAGGUGGAGCCGUUGGAAGAGUCGAUUCCCUCCAUGCGACCGCAGAAAUCGAAGGCGAAGAGAGCGAGGUCGUCUGCAUUGAUACUCCAACUCAGCCUCAGUGUGACUUGAUAAGCUUGUUACACGAAGUGACGCCCUUGCCACUCCAGCAUGCCGACUCCAGGAGCACCCUGACUUUCACCGAAAUUUUUAUCUCCAUUUUCGAAGAAUAUUCUCACGCGGAAGUGCCUCAGCAUGUGCGCGAUCUCUUUUCAGAGUAUCAGCGAAACGAUCCGGAUUCCCUUGUUGCUCCAGAGUCUUCCGGGGACGCUAAAAUGUCAGAAGGUGGUGCUGAAAAGUACGAGAAGAGUGUUCCAAAGCACGGUGAUGAGAUGUUCCAUGAACUCUUCAUGCAAAUGCAGAAAAAUCCUGGACAGAUUUUAAGGUAUUCGAGAGACAACAGUGCACCUUUAUUACUCUAUCCAAUGGGAGGCUGUGUUGGCAGAUGUAGACAUUGUGGCGACGAAAUGACAUUCGAGCUUCAAGUCCUUCCAACCAUCAUUCCCAAGCUCAGGUUACAACCACGCAGUGAUUUAAAAUUAAAUUUCCAACUUGAAUUUGGAACCGUCUUGGUUUUCACCUGCGUGAGAAGCUGUUGGUCUCCCACCGACUCUUAUCGGGAGGAACACGUCAUUGUUCAGGCAGAAAGACUGUAAUAAUUUAGUAGAACAAUUAUCAACGUUUUUCGACUUAUACAAAAUAUUCAGGGUGUCUAGCGUUUUUCAUCGAAACCAAAAAAUCCACUAUGAAAAGAAUUAAAAUUCUUGAUUUGAACAGGGAUUCUUUAACAAGAAUUUGAUUUCUGAGUUGAAAUGAAGAAUAUUUUUUUUAAAGAAUUAAAAUUCUGAAUUUGAACUGGUGGAAAUGUUCAAUUUUUAACAAAUUCGGAAUUGGAAUUGGAAUUUAUUCAGGAGAAUAAUAAUUAUGAAUCGAAAAUUGAGUUGAAACGUUUUCUCCGAAAAAAAAAAUCCUGUGCUUUUACAGGUUUUCUAGGACAAGAAAAAAUUAAUUUUUUUAGGUAUCUUUACUUUUAGAGAGAAAAAAUACUUUUACGAAACUUAAUCUGAAAUUAUGGCCAAAAACCUCAUUUUUGCAACUUUAACAUCAAUUUAAUGACAUUUUUUUAUUCCAAUAAUUUUUUUCUAUUGAAUUUGAUUGACUUAUCAAAUUUUAAGCUAAUUUGAAUUUAAUUUUUAAUCAAAUUGUUGAAUUUUUAACCUGCAAAGUUAAAUUUGAAAUCAAAUGGUCGAAUUUUAAACAUAAAAGAUUAAAAGUCAAUAAUAAAUAGUUGUAUCUUCAAUAGAGGGAUUUAACAUUUAGAAAGACAAGUUUAAUUCUCAAUAAAAAAGGCGAAUUUAAAAUCGAAAAGGAUCAAUUUUUUUUAUUC